AUGACCAACACUGAAUACGGCAGUGCCUUGAUAAGGGCUUUUGAGCACCCGUUCCUGCACUCCCUGCAACGAGACGAUUUCAUCUGGAACCUGUCAAACACCCACCUGCUCGAGUCCUACCUCUUCACUCUGGACGGCGACCCCAACCAGGGUCUGGUCAGGGAGGUCAUCGCCAAGUUCCGCGAGGAGAUCCAACCCAACCUGCACAAGUUUACCAGAUGCAUAAUCCACGGUGACUUCAAUGACGACAACAUCCUGGUGCAGGAGGUGGCCGCGGGAAGCGAGCAGCAGCAGCAGCAGCAGGGGCCCAAGUCGGCGGAGGGAGCGCCGCGGCACCGCGUCUCCGGCAUUGUGGACCUCAACUCGAUGAUGUUCGGCUACCACGUGUACGACCUGGCCAUGGCCAUCAUGUACAUGAUGGUGGAGAGCGGAGAGGCGAUGGAGGCCGGGGGUCACGUCCUGGCCGGCUACGAGAGCGUGCAGGCCCUCACCGAGGACGAGAGGAGGGCCGUUUACUUCCUGGUGGCGUGCAGGUUCUGCCAGUCGCUGGUCAUGGCCCGCUACACGAUCCUGCGAUACCCGCAGAACGCCGACUACCUGCUGAUAACGGCGCGCACCGGCUGGGUGAAGCUACGCGAGCUCUGGACCAGGGGCCUGGAGGACAUGCAGAGGCUGUGGUCCGAUGUUGCGGCACGGUACAGAAACUAG